AUGACGACAAGCUCACUGCAGCAGACCAUGCCAUUCUUUCGUGGCUCGCCGGCUUCGUUCGAUCAGUCGACACUACUCCUGCCAGCUGUGUCAAUCGGCAAUGUGCCUCAGCUAGCGACAGAUCUACUCAUCCAUUCGCAUGCCCUCCAAAAGAUAGGAACGCUCUCUGCGAGAGAUCUCGUCCCUGUCCUGGGCUCUGCCGACUAUCUGCCCACUGCGGCUGCACCCAGGCGAGGCUUGGCAACAGCGCUCGAGGUCUAUGCCACGGCAGAUCACUCUCUCGUUACCCUCCAGCAGCGCUCGCCAGUCCUCAAGUCGAGGAAAGAGCACUUUGUGUAUGAGCUGUGCGAUUGGAUUGUGGCAUCACGCUUCAAACGGGUCGUCAUCCUGUCCAGCCUGAGUGCAGGCGCGCGGCGAGACGCAGAGCUUGCCUCACAAGCCUCGCCGUUCCGCUACUUCAGCCUCACAUCGUCCUCAGCAGCAUUGACACUUCAAGCGCUCUGCGCGAGGAUACCGUCUCGCGAUGCAGCGAUACCCCUUCUCCCUUCGGCUGGGCUCACACGAAGGUAUCUAGAAGCGCUCAAAGCAGUCGAGACGGCCGCAAUAUUGCUCUAUGUUGCCGAAGGCGACAAUCGUGGCGACGCUUGCGCAAUGGCCGAGAUGACCUCUGUGGUUCUUCAGAAACUCGAGGUCUUGCCGCUCGGUACGCCAGAAUGGCAAGAGCCAAAGAGCUGGCAUAGGGGUUUGUACGGAACAGAAGCGAUACCGGACGGGUUGUUCGGCUGA